AUGAAGCUAGUUUGGUCUCCUGAAACAGCCUCAAAAGCUUAUCUUGACACCAUACAAACAUGUGGAAUUUCAACAAAAUCCAGUGUUGCAGAAUUUUUAUCAGCUAUGGCUGCAGGGUACAGCGCAAAAUUAAUAGUUGAAGCAUGGAAAAGUGAUAAGAUCAAUGCUGACUCAAUCUCCACAAGCAUCGGCCUAGCCAUCGCGACAAAACACAAUUGUGGAAGAUACGUGUGUGUGGUGGCGGAUGAAGAGUCAAGACUAGAGUAUGUAGGCGCCAUGCAAAAUUCAGACGUGUGCUUGCCAGAAGUGGUGGUGGGACAGGCAGAAGAGGUGAUGGAAAGGCUAAAUGGGGUUGAUUUUUUAAUUGUGGAUGAGAGGAGAAGUGACUUUAUUUCAGUCUUUAACAGUGCUAGAUUGAGCCAUCGUGGUGCCAUUUUAGUAUGCAAAAAUGGAAGCAAAAUAAGACAUAUAGAGACUAGCAAGUUCUGUUGGGAUAAUGGAGUUCUUGAUAGCAAAGUUUGUGUUGUGAGAUCGGUGACACUUCCAUUUGGGAAUGGAUUGGAGAUUGCAUAUAUAGCAAGUAAAGAAGGAAUUCAAAAGGCUCGAAAAAACACCAACCGUUGGAUUAGGCACAUUGAUCGAAGCUCGGGUGAGGAGCAUGUUAUUCGACGAUGA